UUGUUCGCGAACGAUUCAUCCCCACUAACCAUGGAGUCCGGAUUCACAACAUGAUAUAAAGAGCGAAACGGAAGGGAGCUUUACACUAUAACACAGUCCCCUUUUUAUAUUUUUUUUCUCCCAUAUAGUUUACAGUGGGCAAAGAUAAACAUGUGAGAGAGAAAAAGGAGGGUAAAGAAAUCCACUGGAAGAACGGACUAGAAAGGCAGGACUGAACGAUUCAGACAGUGCGAUACUGAUCCCCUUGGUAACGGGAACGGAACCGUUUUCUUUCUACCUCAUCCGUGAUGACCGAGGUGGGAGUGAAGUGGGCCUGCGACUACUGCACCUAUGAGAACUGGCCGUCCGCUGUGAAGUGCACCAUGUGUCGUGCACAGUGUCCCAGCAGCCCCAUAAUCACAAAGGAGACCUACAAUAGCAGCCCCAGCAGUCUUAGUACGGAGCCUAGUUGUGGCUGGCAGGACCCUCCAAGCCCCGAGGGAAGCUGUGGUAGCCUCCUCAUCUACCCAGACUCCAGUGCCAGGCCCCGUGUCAAGCCCCCCAGCAUGGCUGAGAAUAGCUCCAAAUGGUCCUGUCAGAUGUGCACCUACUUGAACUGGCCCCGUGCCAUCCGCUGUACCCAGUGUCUGUGUCAGCGCCACCAGAGGACCCCAUGCAGCCCCACAGAGGCCCCCCAGACAUCAGGCUCCAAUGUGGGCCACCGCCCAGCCCCUCCCCCCAUGGACCCUAGUACAGAGGAGUACAACGACCGGAACAGACUCAACAGACUCAACACCCGAGGUGGUGGUGGCGGCAGUAGCAGUGGGCAGCACUGGACUUGCACGGCCUGUACUUACCAGAACUAUCCCAAGACCCGGAAGUGCAUUGUCUGCGACCACCCACAGCCUCAACCUAACAACCGGGAGGCUAAUCCUAUAGAGCUGGCUGGGCAGUCCGAGGAGUCUCCCUCCUCCACAUCCUCAAUCAUCAAUGAACAGGACAGAGACGGGGCCAGGUGGAGAGGGAGUGGGGGGAGCUGCAGUAGAGGGCUGAGCGGGGGACAGAGACAGGGACUGGGACAGAGGAGGACUUCUCCACCCACCUCUAAGAAGGAGGCGGAGGUAAAGAUGGACUUCCAGAGGAUUGAGCUGGCGGCCGGGGCGAUGGGCAGUAGAGAGGAGCAGCAUCGUCAUCCGGAGAACAUUGAUUUCAAGAAGACUAAACAGAUUAAAAACAGGAUGAGGAAAACUGACUGGCUGUUCCUUAAUGCUUGUGCAGGUGUGGUGGAGGGGAACAUGGCUGCUGUCGAGGCCUACAAGUCGUCCGGCGGUGACAUCGCCCGUCAGCUGACUUCAGACGAGGUCCGCCUCCUGAACCGCGCCACUGCCUUCAACGAUGGCUUUACGCUAGUUCACCUGGCCAUCCGCUUCCAGAGACAAGACAUGUUGGCUAUCCUUCUCACUGAGGUGUCCCAGCAGGCAGCUAAGUGUAUCCCUGCCAUGGUGUGUGGUGAGCUGACAGAACAGAUCCGCAGGGAGAUCGCUGCCUCUCUGCACCAACGUAAAGGAGACUUCAACUGUUACUUCCUCUCUGACCUGGUGACCUUCACUCUACCCGCAGAUACAAUCGAAGACCUGCCCACUGCAGUCCAGGAGAAGCUGUUUGACGAGGUGUUAGAUCGAGAUGUACAGAAAGAGCUAGAGGAGGAGUCUCCCAUCAUCAACUGGUCCUUGGAGCUGGGUACCAGGCUGGACAGCAGACUGUAUGCCCUGUGGAACCGUACACAGGGAGACUGCCUGUUAGACUCAGUACUGCAGGCUACCUGGGGGAUAUACGACAAGGACUCAGUCCUCCGCAAGACCCUCCACGACAGCCUGCAUGACUGCUCUCACUGGUUCUACACACGGUGGAAGGAGUGGGAGUCGUGGUAUUCUCAGAGCUUUGGUCUCCACUUCUCCCUCCGAGAAGAACAGUGGCAGGAGGACUGGGCCUUCAUACUCUCUCUGGCCAGCCAGCCUGGUGCCAGCCUGGAACAGACUCACAUCUUUGUUCUAGCACACAUUCUUCGUCGACCAAUCAUCGUGUACGGAGUGAAGUAUUACAAGAGUUUCCGUGGAGAAACUUUAGGCUACACUCGUUUCCAAGGUGUGUACCUGCCCCUGUUGUGGGAGCAGAGCUUCUGUUGGAAGAGUCCCAUCGCCCUGGGUUACACACGCGGACACUUCUCUGCCCUGGUCGCCAUGGAGAACGACGGCUACGACAAUCGCGGCGCGGGCGCCAACCUCAACACUGACGAUGACGUCACCGUAACCUUCCUGCCGCUGGUGGACAGCGAGAGGAAACUGCUGCACGUACAUUUCCUGUCUGCACAAGAGAUGGGUAACGAGGAGCAGCAGGAGAAGUUGUUGAGGGAGUGGCUGGACUGCUGUGUAACGGAGGGAGGCAUGUUGGCCGCAAUGCAGAAGUCGUCCCGUCGACGUAACCACCCGCUGGUCACACAAAUGGUGGAGAACUGGCUGGAUGGAUAUCGACAGAUCUGUCCCUGCGCCUCUCUCUCCGACGGGGAGGAGGAGGAGGAGGAAGAUGAGUGAAGGAGGGAAGGACACAGUGACACAGACACAGGAGAGGGUGACCAAGAGGAGGAUGUGGCGUCACUGGAUGGGACUCGAGACCACUAGCAUCCUUCAUACGGUACCAUACGCCUCCUCACCUCAAGAGAGAGAGGAUCCACGGUCUUCUGCGCUGCCGUCUGAGGCUGUAUCCCAAAGCACAUAGGGUUCUGGUCAAAAAAGUCGUGCACACUAUAUAGGGGAAUAGGUUGGCAUUUGGGAUGCAGGCGGAGCGAUCAAUGGUCUUUCACUCUGCCGUCUCAGAAGCACUGAAGAGAGGAGACCUGCUCUGGUUCUGAAAGAACUCUUGGAACACAUUCUAGAAUCUCCUCAACAAACCAUGGCAACAACAAUGGGUGCGUUCAUAAAUUCACUCUGGAGUGCGUUGUCAGUUCGUAAAUUCACUCUGGAGUGCGUUGUCAGUUCGUAAAUUCACUCUGGAGUGCGUUGUCAGUUCGUAAAUUCACUCUGGAGGGCGUUGUCAGUUCGUAAAUUCAGAACGCACACUGGAACGCUCUGGCCGAGGAGUAGGGUUGAUCUGAGCGUCCUGACCUCACAACGGCAAUCAAGCACACAAGCUAACUGGCUAAAGUUGGUUAGCUUGCUAGCUACUUCCAGACACAUAAUGAGAGAACAGCUCACUCUGACCAUGUUACUCUCCACAGCAGAGCUGGUUAGGCUGUUUACAUGUUAUCCAGAGCGUUGGUGACUGUAACUGUGCUGCUGACAACAAUUUAAUUACGCUUUUCUUUUUGCAGAGGUUUACUGACACCGGUCAUAUUCAACGGGUGUGUUGCGUGUUUAUAAAUGAAUCAGUUAUUCUGCCCUCUGUCACACGGACGACAUUCUGUUCUGAAAUGGGAGUAGAUCGCCAGAGGGACUUUACGAACGCACCCAAGGACAAACAAAACCACCAAGUAGCGACCCAUAUUAUUUCAAAUAAAGAACUAUAGUUUGUGAAAUGUUAAUCGUCUUUAAAAUAUUUAGUUUAGUGUUUUUUUUCUCCCAUUUUCCCCCAGUGUAAUUAUUUAUCCAUCAUUGAUAAUAAUGCAUGAGUUGUAUAAAUGAUGUACUAGGAAACAAAGUGAUUACCAGCAUCAAAGUGGAAGACAGGAAUCCUCAUUGACUAUCACUACUAUGGACGUCUACCUACGAAACCACAUCACUAAAUACAUUUUUCUCUAAACUUUUCCCGCUGCCUAUUUUGUGAUUGAGAAUACUUGCCGUUUUCAAUCCACCGGAGAGACGUAAGCGCUCUCUCUCUCUCUCUGUCUCUCUCUCUCUCUCUGUCUCUCUUUCUUUCUCUCUCUCUCUCUCUCUCUCUCUCUCUCUCUCUCUCUCUCUCUCUCCAAACUUAAAAGACGCCGACGUCAUGAAAUUAAACUGUUCUAUUUAGAAGAUUGUAAAUGCGAACAGAAUUUAGCUGAAAGCUAAAUCAGAGUUAUUAAAGAGACUUCUCAUCCCACAAA